UGUAAACAAACGCAAUUUUAAUUUUUGAAGUUUUUUUGCUAAAAUUUGCUGAAAAUAUCGAAAAAAUGUCAGAAGAAGACCAUCAAGGAGACGAUUUUGUGGGUUUUUCACGAGAACACGACGAAGAUCGCAGAAAUCAAUUCUACAAAGCGGGAUUUCGGGGAAAUAACAGACAAAAUAACAGCAACAGACAAAGAUUUGGAUUCGGAUACAACAAUCAAAGGAACAAUUUUCAUCAAAAUCGAUCGUACAACAAUAACAGGAGCUUUAAUAGACACAAUAAUUCCUUUGGAGGAGGAAAUUCACAUCAUCAAAAAAGAGCAGAAGUCAGUAUUCAAGAGUACAUUCAUCCGUCAAUGUGGGAAGAUCCAUGGGAAAAUUGCAGAAAAAGUCAAAAUGAGUCUUCUUGGAGUAAUCAAAGUCAUUCAAAAGUUGAAGAAGACUCCGGGGGACAAUCCUUGAACACAAAUACUGAAGAUUUGAGCGAACAAGUUUGAAUAAUUCGUGAAGAAUUGAAUUUUAAGAGCAAUUUUGGUGCAUUUUUGAAUACAUUUUGAUUAUUUUUUGAUGAAAAAUUAGUUUUUUUUUUAAUUUUUGACGAAUUUCUGAUAAGAAGUCCUUAAAAAAGCUUAAAAUUUUAAUUUUAAAUAAACUGUUGAGCAUU